CGUUAUAUGUAUUGAAAUUUGAAAUUUAUGUUCUGUGCUGUAAUGUAGAAAAAUUUUUACUAUGUAAUUUGUUAUAAUCAUAUUCAAUACUGAAUAUUAAAAAAAAUCAAAAUUCAAAUCGUACCUAUAUUAUUUAUAGUUAUAAAACGUUUUAACUUAAUAUUUUGUUUCUGUAUAAUUUUAAAAAAUGAUUAAGCCCAAGAAAAAUAAUAACCCGUCGAAAAAACAAGCUGAUGAUAACGACAAUGCUUCUGGUCUUAAAAACAACUGUAAAUAUGUGCCUAAACCUACUUUGUAUUCAUCUAUCGUUCAAACAGAGUCAAAGUUAAGGAACAUUACACUUUCUCGUUUGGAGCCCAAACCAAAUACGAUCAAAAGAGGAGUCAGGCAGGUGAAUUUUCCAUUGACCGAACAUGUGUACGACUAUAAUAAUAUGGUGAAUGUCGGAUUAAAUAGCAAUUUAAGUACUGUACCAAAACCCAAGCCUAGGGAACCACAUUCAACAAAAAAUCCAGAACCUAAGUUAAGUGAUUAUUACAGACCAAGUUUUGAUAAUGUCCAACGGAUAGAAAUGAAUAGCAUAAAAACUAAUCCAGAAUUAACAGUACAGUAUGAUGGUUUAGCAGUGUCGAGAUUACUAAAUGAAAUUGAUGAUUUAAUCUUUAGAUAAACAAUUGGUAGUAAGAGAAAAUUAGACUUCCUCUUUGUUGUUAAUUUUAACUUUGUGAUAUUUCUAAAUGUGAUAAGAUUAUUAUUUAAUAUAUUUUAGUAAUAAUGGGAUUAUGAUUUAAUUGCUAUUUAAAAUAAUUCUUUGAAUAUUAAUAAGACCCCUUUAGAUUUUAUUAAUUGUAAUAAUAUUUUAUUUUUGUUUUUGUUUACUGCAUUCAAAAUUGUAAAUACCAAUGUAGUUCUAUAAUUUAUUAAACACUUGAAGUUUUAUUUUUUACAUUUUUUUUUUUUCAAUAAAAGUGUGUAGUAUAAUAUGAUCAUUUUUAAUCAAUCAAGUUACUUAUCUAGUAACAACUAACAAUAUUAUACAAAAUAUAUUUUUAGCUUAUAAUAUAUCAUAUGUUUUAUUAAUUCUUUA